AUGACGCAAAUCCACCCAUUGAUAUCCAAAAUCUUCUCUUCCUCUUCGAUCCCAUUAUCGGAACUUCAACCCUCUUCUUCUAGAGGAGUAUACCUCCAUACCCCUACUUCGAGAAAGUACUUCACAAAGGUACAAUCUGAUGUCAAACAAAUGAGAGGGGAGAUAGAAGGAUUGAGAGCAAUGGGAAUCACUUCACCUGGAUUAGUACCUAAAGUAAUUGGAUUUGAGAUUGCAUCUGAUAACAAAGAAAGUGGAAUGGUAACUCAAUACUUCGAUUUGGGAUCAUCACCUUCUGGUUCCAAAUUGCAAAGAGAGCUAGGGGAGAAAUUAGCUAAAAUGCAUAAUCCCCCUUCUACAUCUUCGGCUUCCGAUAUCCCAGCUGAAGAGGCGGGAAUGGGAGGGGGAGGGUAUAAUGGGAAAUAUGGAUUCGGUUGUGAUACGCAUUGCGGAGUGACUAAACAGGAUAACAAAUGGGAAGGGAGCUGGGAAGUAUUUUUCAGGGAUAGGAGGCUGGGCGAUUUAGUCAAGAGGAUAGGUGACAGUUCAAUAAACAAAGAAUGGGAAUUGAUGAAAGACAAGGCGAUACCGCUAUUGCUAAAUUCUUUCGAUCCACCUCCCAAACCAGUCAUUUUACAUGGGGAUUUAUGGUCUGGAAAUAAGGGAUAUGACACGAUCACUUCAUCAGCUGUCAUAUAUGAUCCUGCUAGUUAUUACGGUCAUAACGAAGCUGACUUGGGUAUAACUCAUAUGUUUGGAGGCUUCUCGAAAGAUUUUUAUGACGCAUACCAUGCGAUCCAUCCAAAGAGCCAGCCGUAUCAUGACCAAAGGCAGAAACUGUAUGAACUGUAUCAUCAUCUGAACCACACUCUCAUGUUUGGAGGUGGCUACAAAUCAGGCGCUUUAUCAAUCAUGCGAUCUCUGAAUACUUGGGCCAGAGAUAAGGGGGAAUGA